AUGGGAAUAGUCUACAUUUUGCUAAUUCCAUUAGGAAUCGAAAGAAUUAUAGUGCCAUUGAUAGAGUAUUCUGUUGAAAGUGUUUUAUAUGUAACAAACACAAUUGCAGAGUUAAAAUACUUAAUUAUUCCCAUUCACACUUUUCCUGCUUUAUCAGUUGUUGUUAUAACACUUGGAUUAUUGUGGCUAUGCUUAUGGGAACAAAAUUGGCGUUUUUUAGGAAUUUUCUUUAUUAUAUUAGGUAUUUGUUUUGGUGUUGCAUAUAAAACUCCUGACAUUUUAGUAAGUGCUGAUAACGUUGCUAUUAAGGAAAACGAUACUUUGUUAUAUUCUCUCACUAAAAAAAAUAGAAAUUUUGUUGUAAAAACAUGGGCAAGGCAAAAUGGACAAGAUAAGGUUGUGAAUCAUGCAAAAUAUAACAAUGCAAAUAAAAGACUACAAUGUGAUGGUGAUGGUUGUGUGUAUCAAGAAAAUGGUAAAUCAGUAUUGCUGGCUGACAAAAAAGAGGAUAUUUUAAAACAUUGUAAUAAUGUUGAUCUAAUACUUCAAUUGCGCAGGUUUGACUAUUCAGCCUGCGAUACUCGGACUAUCAGGUAUGAUGAGUUAGAGGUAUAUGGUACACAUUCAAUCUGGUUAAUACGUGACGAUAUCACUGUGAAGAAAGCACGUUCUAGUAGACCUUGGCAUAAAGCUUGA